GCACACUGUUAUGCUAGGAUGGCGCUAUCAUGCUUUGUUUAAUUCCUGUUGUUGUCUGUGUUCGAUAAUAUUGUUAACCGGCUGCUUUUACUACUGUUUGGCGAUUUAUCGUGGACAGCUAGUACAAUAGCGGAACUGUAUUCCACCUCUGGGAAUAUGCCUCCGAGACAGCGGAGACUCAAACAAUAUUUGCACAGAGAUGUGGAAUUUAAGGUUCCUAGACAAACUCGCUAUUAUCGACGAAACCGCAUGGGAAGAGUCGACUCUGAAGGUGGUGAGCAGCACAUUUUAUCAACUCACUCAACUUCAACGACUGAAUGUGUUCCUCGUGGACGUGAAUCCCUGCAAGAUGUGGCUGGUGUACAGCAUCUCGAAGCGAGUUCCGACACCUACCAACUGCUUUGUGCAGGCUCUACCAACGAAGAGUACCCAGAGGAUAGCGUAAACUCUCCGUGUUUUCGGACAAGUGGCGACUCGACAGAGGUGGUUGGCGAACAUAACAGUGAAGUGCCCACGAGCGUAACAGCGCAAGAGCAUCAUCCCGAAAUUGGUAGCCCUUCUUCCUGCUUCGAACAUGAUACUGUUCACGUCACUGAUGAUGAGAGCGACGCCAUGCCCACUGUAACACCAGACAAUGAAGAGGACGCUUGCAAUUCGGAAAUGGAAGAUAUUUUGUUGCUGUUAAGCGAGAGUGAAGAAGAAGAUGCAGGUAGUCCUAGCAAUGCUCACCAAAGACAUGUACAUUCUUCUAAUACAAGUGAAAGUAUGGAUGAAGACCCGGAAGACCAGCUUCCGAGCGGUACACUGCCAGGGACUCAAACUACUGUAGCUGCUGCAAUAAUAAUGAUUAUGGCAUUUGUGGUUGGACAUGGCCUUUCAUGGGUUGCUUUGCAGGACUUGCUCACCAUUAUCAACACUUUGUUUGGCACAACCGUGGUACCACCAACACUAUACCUGUUCAGAAAACUCUGGUGCAAGAAGAAUGCAUCACUUGUAACAUAUCACUACUAUUGUGAAUCAUGUGAAGCACUUCUCAACAGUCAGUUCCGGUGUGACACAUGCAGAAAGACAUACAACCAGAAGCAGCUAAGGGCGUCUGGGUGCUUUUUUGUAAUUGCCAAAAUAGCCAAGCAGAUAAAGCACCAUAUCGAACUGUCAAAAACAGAGCUAGUGACUAAUCUACUGAAGCUAUCAUCUGAAUUGCAGUUGGGAAAUGAUAUCACUGACAUUACAAGUGCAGCAGCGCACCGCAAGCUUCGAGACAAUGGCACCUUGAAAUCGACAGAUCUCACAAUAACGUUCAACACUGACGGCAGUCCACUUUACAAAUCUUCAAAGACAUCAAUUUGGCCAAUACAGUUCACCAUAAAUGAGCUGCCACCAAAAUCUCGUUUCAAGAACCCAAUCCUAGCCGGCCUCUGGUUCGGGAAAACACACCCGAAUAUGACCCUCUUUCUGAAUGAGUUUGUGGAUGAGCUGAACAACAUGGAGCCUGUCACGUGGACUUGCAACACGGAAACCUACACAUCACGAGUGUAUGCUCUCUGCUGCUGCGUCGAUGCACCUGCAAGGGCAGCUGUGCAAAAUUUUGUCCUCUUUAAUGGCUACUUUGGAUGCCCAUGGUGCCUGACAAAGGGAAAGUACACCCAAGGGAGCAUGCGGUACUUGUAUGAUGAUCGAGGUGCUGAAAGAACAGCAGACGGUGUGGCAAGAGAUAUGGGCCUCGCCCUCCAGUUCAAGACCACUGUCAAUGGUGUAAAGGGGCCUUCAGCACUCCUCAACUUACAUGCCUUUGACUCGGUGUGGGGCUACACUGUAGAUUAUAUGCACUGCGUCCUGCAAGGUGUUGCCAGGCAGUUCGCUGAGCUUUGGUUUGCUUCAUGCCACUCAGAAGAGCAGUUUUAUAUCGGGAACCCUGCUGUCCUGAGCACUGUAGAAAGGCGGCUUCUCAGCAUAAAACCACCUCAUUGCUUCACACGUCUGCCCAGGACUAUCACUGAGCGUGCCUUUUGGAAGGCAAGUGAGUGGCGUCUCUGGGUGCUCUUCUACAGUCUGCCUUGCACCCAUGGCAUACUCCCAGAAAGGUACUGGAGGCACUUUGCAAAACUUUCACAUGCACUGCACAUCCUCCUCGCUGAGAAGAUCACACAUCAGAUGAUACAUAAAGCGGAGCAUCUCCUUGAACAGUUUGUGUCAAGAGCAGCUGCCCUUUAUGGAGAGGGCUGUAUGCGGUUCAACGUCCAUCAGCUGCUCCAUCUGCCCAAAGCAGCUCGACUGAUGGGACCCCUUUGGGCACAUUCAGCUUUUGUAUUUGAAAGUGGUAAUGGGACACUAGUGAAGCUCGUCACGGCAUCAAAGGGCAUUCCGCUGCAAAUAGUGGAAAGGGUUGCUCUAUCGCAAAAGCUCUAUAUGCACCUUGCGGCAAACAUGCUCACCAGUCGUACAAAGGCUUUGUGUAUGAGAAUGCUGGGAGAAAAGAGGCUGCAAAGUGCUACUUACGUCGGAAACGUCUGCAUGCUGGAUAAGGAAAAGGCCACGUGCCUUACAGCUGCAGAGAAGGCUGAAAUUGCAAAGGUGUGUGGCAGCUGCCCAGAUGUAGCAAGUGAGUUCAAAAGGGUUGUGUACAAUGACCAAGUGUAUCAUAGUACAGCUUAUGCACGUGCUGUAAAAAGCAAUUCUUCAGCUAUAAGAACUGUGGAGGGGGAAUAUUACGUAGUUUCCCGGAUAAUUGCUGUAAAUACCAGCUCUGGCCGGAAAUGUGUACUGCUCUGCAAGGAAAUAAUAACCGUACAUAGUGCCUUUCCAGACCACAUCAGAGAGUGCUUUAUAGAUCCAGUGCCAUCUGUGUUGGUCGUUGACAUGCUGCGUGUUCAGAAACCCUGUGUGCUAAUUAAUUUUGCAUUUGAAGAGAAGACUUUUGUUUGUGAUCUGCCAAAUGUUAUUGAACGUGACUGAUAACAUUCAAAGCCACUCGGCACAACUUAUAUUAAGUAACGUGAGAGAACUGAUGUUCUGCGGCUUGAACAACUGAGGCUUCUUCGUUAUAUUAAGUAACUUCAACCGUACCUCAGGUGUUUUCCUAAUGAAGCAGUAUCUGGGACGACAUCCCCAGGGCUGCCGUCGUAAAGCUUCUCGCUUAUCUCUUUUUUGCAAGAUAUUCUGUCACAAGUGUCGAAUUCUCUCUUCAUCUCCUGGUUAAUAAUAUAAUACAGCUUUUGCCGACCUUUAAAGGGAGACUCCGCAGCAAAAACGUGUUGAGGUAACAGUGAGACAUCAAUCCGUACCCUAUGGUAUUUCAGUCAAUACAAUUUCUCAUCCCCAUGUGGCGCAGAUGAUUAGAAAAUGAAUCUUUUCCUUCGAGUGAUUAGGCGCUUCUCCACGGAAAAGCAGUCAAGCAACGCUGUGCUUCACCUCAACGGUAUUCCUCGUGUACAGCUUUCUGUAGCUUUUGCUUUUACCACUGGCGAAUAUUUUAGAACGAAAUCGAGGAAGCAGACGACUGGUCAUCCAUGCAACCCGAAGUUACAAAGCACGUGCUCGAAAAACAGCCAGUGGCCCACACAAGAGUAUUGGUGACGUCACGCAUGGUACAGGAGGUAGUAGAGGGUACCUGCAGAAGUUUCGGUUUCGUUUUGAGCUUCCUAGCUCUUUUGCUAACUAAUGAGUCCCAUAUUGCCAAACCAACUGUAUUUCUCAUUAUAAGAGUUUUGGAUUGUCCCAGAUUCUCCCUUUAAGGUUCUUGUUAAGGCUGUUGCAGAGUUACCUUUUUCAUAAUAUUUCAAACAUGAACUCAUUCGUGCCUCUCACGUUACCAUCACCCACUUUUUUUGGGAGCGUACGACUGUCGCUUUUGUUGCGUUUUAGAGUAUAUUGAUAUUUGUGAUACUGAUUUUACCUGUGCGCAUUGUAGUACUUACUGCUUCCAACAAGUUUAUAUCCUAUGUUAUUAUGACAGUUUUCAUUAUCAUAUAUGCUUAGGUUCUAUGUCAUUACUACAAGUGCGCAUUAUUGAAUCGUACCUCAUAUAUUCCCAAGUGAUAUUUUUCUCAUUGAGUGUAAUUCGGACUGUGUGAACUUGAGUAAAACUGCUUUCAAUAAUGAAUAUGCCGGCUUCCAUGUA